GGCAGAGUGAGCGCAUACUGUGUCCUGGGACCCUGUUUACUUAACAUUCCCAGCCAAGGAAGCCCUGGUUUAAAUAGGAUUGCGGAUGCAGCCUGCCCAUAUCAGAUGAGGAAAUUAUGAUUGUGAGAUUUUAGAAAUUCCUUUGUUUAAAGCCUUAGUGUGGAUUAUGAGAAUGCAGAAUGCCUUUCCUUUUGGGCCUGCGGCAGGGCAAAGAAACCUGCUUAGGAAUCAACAAUCAAAGUUAUAUCUGUGAAACAGGCCAUUGCUGUGGACAGUCUCAGUGCUGCAAUUAUUAUUAUGAGCUCUGGUGGUUCUGGCUAGUGUGGACAAUCAUCAUUAUACUGAGUUGCUGUUGUGUCUGCCAUCACCGACGCGCCAAACAUAGACUCCAAGCACAACAGAGGCAGCAUGAAAUUAACCUGAUUGCCUAUCGCGAAGCUCAUAACUACUCCACUCUACCAUUUUAUUUCCGAUUCUUGCCAAAUUAUUUACUACCUCCCUAUGAGGAAGUGGUGAACCGACCUCCGACCCCUCCCCCACCAUAUAGUGCCUUACAUCAGCAAUGCAUCCCGCCUGGCAGUGCAGCACCAGACAUGAGAAACCUCCAGCCAGCCCCGACAGGCUCUCUGGCUGCAGCAGGAAGCAAUAAUGGAAGCCCGGACAGCCCGGCGUCCUCCAGCAUUAGGGGUCUGGAAUCCUCUACUCCGCUAGUUGAGCCAUCGCCCACCAAAGAGACAAGUGGUGAGCCAAGCGGCGCAGGAUUAGGAGAGAUGGCCGACCGCAUGUCCUGUUCUGAUAAGGAGCCGGAGUGCAAGGAGGAACUGCUUAAGGAUUACAACUCUGAAAGCUUAGACCAGAACAGCGCCUUCCCUGAUGCAAAGGACAAGACACCUGGCAGGCACCGACGGUUCACGGGUGACUCAGGCAUUGAAAUCUGCAUCUGUAACCAGGACCUCCAUGAUGGUGAUCUCAAGGAGUUGGAUGGGUUCCUUGACGAUGGGCCCAUGGACUUCUGCGAUAGCUGCAGUGGCCCCCCUCUGCAUGGAGAUGAGGAAGAUGGGCUUUUCAGUACCUCUGAUGAGCAGCACCGAGACCAUGGCCACCACCACCUUCCACGGCAGCCUGUGUGUGUGCUUCUGAACACCAUAAACGAGCAGGACUCCCCAAACUCUCAUGCCAACACGUCCCCCAGCUAAACCAACAGAAUCAGAAGGGAGGAUAUACAAAAGGAUAAACAUGUACUUCAACCAAAAACAAGGCGGUUCUUAAGACGUUAACUGUGGGAAUAACCCUGAGUGGAUGGAAGGAGGGCAGAAGUUUCUGGGCCUUCUUUUUUAAAUUGCCUCCCCUCUCUUCCAUCUUACUCUAGGGACUUAUAAGUGAGAACUUUUUUUAAUAAAAAGAAAAAGGGAAAAAAGAAACUUUUCCUAUUGUUGAUUUUGGUGACGGUUUAUUUGGUUGGCUG